AUGGGCCUCGCCAAAAAACCCUCCAAAGCAAUCCUCUGCAUGCACGGCGGCGGAGCCUCCCCCGACAUCUUCCGCUUCCAGACCUCCUCCCUGCGCGCCGCCCUGGCCCACGAGUACGACUUCUUCUACGCGUCCGCACCGCACAUCGCCACGCCCGGGCCCGGCGUGCUCCCCUUCUUCGCGGGCAUGGACCCGUUCUACAGCUGGUUCAGGCCGGUGCACGACGACGACGACAACGACGACGCCGCCGCCUCGGAAAUCGUCCUCUUCAACAAGGCGGUGCGCAAGAGCGUCGAGACGUACACGAACAACAACCCCGGCGUCAAGAUUGUUGGCCUCCUGGGCUUCUCCCAGGGCGCGGUCGCGUCCACCAUGCUCUUGUGGCAGCGGCAGGUCGGGCGGGUGACGUGGCUGCCCGACGUCAAGUUCGGCGUCUUGCUGUGUCCCGGGUACAGUGCGGUCGCUACUGGGUACAUGCGGGCCGUCUGCGAGCAGGAGGACCGCGGCGAUGAGGGGAUUGUGGUUGAGUUACCGACGCUGCAUUUGCAUGGACGUCAGGAUGUCGUGAAUCUGCCGCAAUCGAGGAGGAUGUACGCGACUCAUUACAAGGGCGCCAGGUUGGAUGAGUUUGACGGUGAGCAUGAGGUGCCCAGGAGGAUUGGGGAUGUCAAAAAGGUUGUGGAAUAUGUGCUGGGGAUCCCUGUGUAG